GCACGUAGGCCGAUGCGCAUGCGUCGUGAGAACAACCGGAAGCUGCUCUCGCACAGCCUGGCUGUCUACACUGAAUGACAACGCACUGAUUUCGCCUCCAAAAUGAUGAAGUUUCUCCCUAAACUGCUGCUGCUCGCGCUCUUUGCCUCCCCGGCGACCCUCCUCUUCAAAGGGACGGGGGCGAGCGCCCAGGACCUGAUGGAGGACGAGGAGACCGACGCCGUAGACGAAGACGUCGUGGACGACGUGGCGACUGAAGACGAGGACGACGAGGCGGAAGUAGAGGACGAUGAGAACGUGGAGCUGACGGAAGAAAAAGAGGAGGAGGAGGAGGAGGCGUUGGUCGGAGAGAUGAAGGCGUCCCCCAACGCAGACACCACCAUCCUCUUCGUCAAAGGAGACGACUUCCCUGCCAACGAAAUCGUGAAGUUCCUGCUCGGCUUCUCCAACAAAGGACCAGAGAACUUCGUGGUGGAGUCUCUGGACGCCUCCUUCCGUUACCCUCAGGAUUACCAGUUCUUUAUCCAGAACUUCACGGCGCUGCAGCUCGGCAUCGAGGUUCCCGCCAGCCGUCAGGCCACCUUCGAGUACUCCUUCAUCCCCGCCGAGCCCAUGGGGGGGCGGCCCUUCGGCCUGGUCAUCAACCUCAACUACAAGGACGCCAACGGGAACAUGUUCCAGGACGCCGUGUUCAACCAGACGGUCACCAUCACGGAGCGCGAGGACGGCCUGGACGGAGAGACCAUCUUCCUCUACGUCUUCCUGUCGGGCCUCGGGCUGCUGCUCGUCGUCGGGCUGCACCAGCUGAUCGAGUCCAGGAAGAGGAGACGCCCAGCUCCAAAGGUGGAGAUGGGGACCUCCAGCCACAACGACGUGGACCUCAGCUGGAUCCCUCAGGAGACCCUCAACCAGAUCAUGCAGAGUCGCAGAGACAAAGCGUCUCCCAGAAGAUCUCCUCGCAAGAGGAGCCAGAAACGCUCCGCCGGCUCGGACGAGUGACGUCGCCAUGACGACGGUCCCCUGAAAGACUUUAACCAGCGACACACACACACACACACACUUUGAAUGUGAUCAUGUGACUGGUUUUGUUGCAGAGCUUCAAUAAUUUGAUUUGAUGGAUGUCGUUUUUUCUUUUGAUCAUGAAGUAAAAUCAGCUGUAAAGUUCUGAAUUCUAAACUAAAUCUUUCCCCUUUGAACCUGUGUGGGGUCAAAGGUCAGCAUCAUC